CUGAGCGGGGGACCAACUUUGGGUGUGUGAUUGCCUGAGUGAGGCAGCAGCAUAGACUUACUUUUGUACUCCUAUCGACCAUUCUUCUUGUUGUAGCAUCAUUCAUGGGAACGUGUCGGCUCUACGGCCCAGACCAGGCCAAGCAGGGCCUGGUGACAAGCUCUGCGGAAGCACGGCGGGUGCGGUGACAAGCUCGACCGACCGACGUGCCUUGCUUGUUCGUGCCGGCAUGCCCGCUGCGGUCCGCCGCCGGGACCCCUCGUCGCCGAGGAACAGAGCGUUUCGGAGUGGCGGGAGACGGCGACGGGCGACGGGCGACGACAACGACAACGAGGACAGUGGGAAGCGUGUAUAAGGUGCAGGCUUGCUUGGCGGCAUGCUUCUUCUCUCUUCCCACUACACACACACACACACACCAUGAGCACCGCCAAAGAAGGCAUCACGCUCGACCAAGUGAGCCCAUUCCACCUGUUGCUCGUCUCGGCGGGCAGCCUGGCGCUCUACGCUCCCCUCGCGGGCGCGCUCGCGCGGCGAUAUGGCAAGGUCAGCCCGGAGCCCGAGCUCGCGGCGCUCGGGACCCAUCCGAGCGUGUGGGGGACGUUGAAGCGGACAUGGGCGGCGCAGGGGAUAAGGGGGGUAUACCGAGGAACCUCGGUCCUCCUCGUCCGCUGGAUCCAAGUCGUCGUCACCACCCUGCUCGCGGCGCACGCCGCACGGCCCAAAGCCCACACCGACGCCCAGACGAACCACUACCUCCUCGUCGUGGCGCUGUCGCUCGGCCUGUCAGUGGUGGCGACGUACCCCCUUUUCGGGAUCCACGUCGGCGUCGUGCUCUCGGCGCCGGAUGCCAGCACAUUGCAAGUGACCAGGUCGCUCCCCCGCGCCAUUGUCGCGGGCUCGGCGCCCUUCGGCGCGUCGCUGCUGCAGGCGAUAACGGCCAUCGUGUGGACCAUACACCCCGUGUUCUGGCUCGCCUGGCCCGCGUCCCGGCCCGACUGGCUCAUCGUGCUCAUUUUCGCGGGCGUCGCGACGGGGUUCACUGUCGUCUCGCUCAGGUAUCAGGGCGAGGCGGCUGGCGUCGUCGCCGCGCAGCUUGAUAUGGCUGAGCGUGUGGGCGAGGAGGGCGCGCCGUUGCGCGGCGAGGCUUAGCUGUAUGCAUGGGUGUUUGCUGGAGGGAGGUGAUGCGAGGCCGUGGGAGGGUGGGUGGCGAGCAGCAGAGUUCGUCACCGUCAUUGACUGACAUUACCCCGUGAUUCGCACUGCCC